AUGGCACAAAACGAGCUUGGCAGCCACAGCCCGCAGCUGAAUCACACAAACUACAACACCCCCACAAACGCCGCGCCCUCCAUGUCCUCCGAAGACGACAUGUUGGCCGACGUCGAUGAGCCUCCCGACUUACAACGCACUCCUCGACCUUCUGCCCUCAAGCUUCAUGACUCCUUCAAAGGUUCGUUCGAGAAGCACGCCCCGCUGUAUCGACGUCAAACGUCCUUGCUGUCGACUGCGCUACACUCGAACGAGACCUCGCCCAUCGAGGAACACUCCGACGACGUGCCCCGCGGAAUGUCGUGUACGUCAACCUGGAGCAACAACAGCAUCUCUACUGCCGAGCUGACGAGCGACGGCGGCAUCACAAGCCCUGGCACGCGUACGAGCACGCCGAGCCCACCACUACCCCCCGUCUCAUCCCACAACAUGCUGCCAAUCUCUACCAAGCCGCUGGAACAGUCCGUGUCUAUCAUGCGAUAUGAUGGAGAAAACACCAUUCCCGUAUUGAAAGACGCACCCGUUCCCAUUCCUUCAGAGCACAAGGUGGAGGCCGGUCUUGGCCGGAAACGCUGCAUCACCUUUGCAUGCGGUGGAAAGAAAGAGACGAAGCCUGAGCCCGAGGCCGCAAAGACAGUCCCUGAGCCCAGACAGAACGAAGAGCCGCCCAAGCGAGCCUGCACUAUCAAGUUCGCGUGCCCCACAAAGAUUUCCACAGAUGCACCGACUAAGCCGCGUACCACCCGCGUUGCUAGCCCAGCACCUCCCCCACGACAGCGCAACAGCUCCAAGCCGUCGCCCAAAGCUCACCGUGGAUCCGAUUCGACGAUCCGUAACCCCUCGCCUGUAUCUCUUCGUAGACCUCGCAUGUCUGAUCGCACUCGACGCCUCAGCAGCAACUCCGACCUAGCACGGACUGAAGCGUUCCGCUUCCACGAAUUUGCCAGCUCAGAAGAAGAGGUGGAGGAAUGGACCCAGGAAUCUACCUGUCAUCGACGACCUCUUACCAUCAAGGACACGCUCAUCAUUGAGAACAAUCUUCGUCAGCUCGGCGAAGAAGCGGAAGAGGAGGCUUUGGAUGAUGAAGAAGAGGAUGAUGUUCUCGAGGACGACGAGGACGAUGAUGAGCUUGACGAGGAUGACGAGGAUGUAGUCGAGAAAGAUGUAGGCGAUGAAGAAGAGGACGAGGAUAGUGAUGCAGCCGAAAUUUCGUCAGAUGAGGGCUUCCAAACUGACAACGAGGAGGGCUUCGCUGUGUCAGACUCCGACAGCGAUGCAGGCUCUGACUACAACUGGUGGACCCCUGGACGUUCGACCGCGGCAACCUCCAUCGAGCAACUGGACCAUAUCCGCCCUUCUGCUAGUCGUCGAAGCAUUUCCGAGUCUUCAGUUGGUUCUGUAGAAAGCGAACAGCGUUUCAUACCAGAGAUCAAGGUCAAACGACGAAAGUCUCGACCCGUCAACAUUCGGGUUCCCAGUCCAGAACUUCCGGACAGCACGGACUUUGUAUGUGGGACCCUCGAUGAGGACCGCCCUCUUGAGCAGGCUUACAUGUCAGCACUGGAACGUAGGCGUCAAGCAAAACACAAGAAGACGCCUCAAGAUGUGGAUCCCACCUUCCCGACCUCGGAUCCGGAGAUGGAUGAGGAAGACGAGGACUCCGAACCUGAUCACCUUGCAUCUGAAAGCGACCAUUUUAUGCUCCACGGUCAGAUGGAUGCCUUGAAUGGUGACAUUCGUGGCCGCCGCAAGCCCCUCCCAACGAAACGUUCGCCAGCCCAGUCGCCUAAACGUCUCCGGUCACCUGCACCCAUCAAACGCGCGGUCCAUCGAUCCCCGCCUCCCAAACUGUUCGGCCAGUCUCCAAAGCGGAUGCGCUCCCCUGCGCCGACUCGUCUGAGAUCGCCACCUCCCACACGAAGGGGAUCGUCUUACCUCGUCGAGCCCAACAAGCGCACGACUUUUUCGAUCCAAUUCGCGGGCUUAGCAGAACGUCCAGUCCCAAUGAUGACGUCGUCAUUACCAAGAACUCCGGUUACUCAGAACCCACCAGAGAUCGAUUACGAUGACGAGGAUACCCCCAACGAGUUCCCCGUUCGUCGGGCCAUUGACAUCAAGGUCGGCUUGGAGAAGAAGCGUCAGCGGCGCAAAGAGCAGCUUUACAAAAAGAUGCAAAAGCAGAAACAAUGCAACAAAGAAAAGCGUCCCGCGCCCGGAAAGGGCUGCGAGCGGAUGCGCGAAGUUGGCUUGGGAUUGGCCGCGCACAAGGGCAAGGCCGCCGCUGCUGGCUUCGCCUUCGAUGUGCCGCACACGCCCGACCAAAAAGACAUGCAUGUCUUGUCCGUCUAG